AUGAAUGAACAAAUUCUCCAACACAAUUCCAUUCAUUUCUUCUUCUGUGUUUCUUUGGGUUAAUUCUUUUAUUCAUUAUUUGCUGUUCGCCACCUUGGAACUUGUAACCUUCUUGUUGUGCAAUUAAAUCUUAUUCACAGUCAGAGACAUCACAUAAUGAUGUGUAAAGGAUGGAGCUUUUGGCAAGGAUAUGUUGUCCUGUUUGCUCUUGCUGUUGUUGUUAAGGCUGAGAGUCCUUACAGGUUCUUCGACUGGAAUGUUACUUACGGUGAUAUUUUCCCACUUGGGGUUCGCCAGCAGGGAAUUCUCAUUAAUGGACAAUUUCCAGGGCCUGAUAUCUAUUCUGUUACCAAUGACAAUCUCAUUAUUAACGUCCAGAACAACCUGGAUGAACCUUUUCUUCUAUCAUGGAAUGGGUUGCAACAAAGGAGAAACUCGUACGAGGAUGGAGUGUAUGGAACUACAUGCCCCAUUCCACCAGGCAAGAAUUUCACUUACAUUUUACAAGUGAAAGAUCAAAUCGGUAGCUUUUUCUAUUUCCCUUCUCUUGCUUUCCACAAAGCGGCUGGCGGCUUUGGAGGCAUCAGGGUCCUCAGUAGGCCCAGAAUCCCAGUCCCUUUCACUGACCCUGCUGGCGAUUUCACCCUUCUUAUUGGCGACUGGUUCAAAAAUGACCACAGGCAAUUGAAAGCUAUGCUAGAUGGUGGUCAUAAGCUUCCCUUCCCUGAUGGUAUUCUAAUCAAUGGUCAUGGGCCUAAUGGUGCUUCUUUCACAGUUGAACAAGGCAAAACUUACAGGUUUAGGAUAUCAAAUGUUGGGCUUCAAAAUUCAUUGAAUUUCCGCAUUCAGGGUCACAAAAUGAAGCUGGUGGAAGUAGAGGGGACCCACACUGUUCAGACCAUCUAUGAAUCACUUGAUGUCCACGUGGGUCAGUCCUAUUCUGUGCUUGUUACUAUGGAUCAAGCUGCCCAGGAUUUCUACAUCGUGGCCUCAACUCGUUUCACUGACAACAUCCUUUCCACCACUGCCACCCUUCAUUACAGUAACUCCAACAAGGCAGUGUCUGGCCCUAUUCCUGCUGGACCAACCGACCAAAUCGAUUGGUCUCUUAACCAGGCUCGAUCCAUCAGGACCAACCUGACCGCAAGUGGACCAAGGCCGAAUCCGCAGGGUUCAUUCCACUAUGGUCUCAUUAACAUUACUAGAACAAUCAAGCUAGUGAGCUCAGCUGCUCAAGUCAAUGGGAAGCAAAGAUACGCUGUUAACAGUGUGUCUUUUGUUCCAACUGAUACCCCUUUGAAGCUAGCCGAUUACUUCAAGAUUGGAGGUGUUUUUCGAGUUGGAAGCAUCCCAGAUAACCCAACCGGUCAAAACAUGUACCUUGACACAUCGGUUAUGGGUGCUGAUUAUCGAGCUUUUGUGGAAAUUGUGUUUGAGAACCAUGAAAACAUUGUCCAGACAUGGCAUAUUGAUGGAUAUGCCUUUUGGGUUGUUGGCAUGAAUGGAGGAGUGUGGACUCCAGACAGUCGUGAAGAAUACAAUUUAAGAGAUGCGGUUUCACGAUCCACCACACAGGUAUAUCCUAAAUCAUGGACUGCUAUUUACAUGGCUCUUGAUAAUGUUGGAAUGUGGAAUGUGAGAAGUGAGUUUUGGGCAAGGCAAUAUCUUGGGCAGCAAUUUUACUUGAGAGUUUAUACACCUGUGAACUCACUCAGGGAUGAAUAUCUCAUUCCAAAGAAUGCUUUGCUUUGUGGCAGAGCCCAAGGAAGAAGCACAAGGCCUCUUUGAAACAUUUCCAGUAGCCCAAAUUGUUGAGAAUCAACCAUUAGUCAAUUAUAAAAUGCCUCAAUUCUUUUCAUUUUUUGUUUCACCAGAAUCUGUAUUUGGUUUUGUAUCUAAAGAAAUGAAAAUAAUUGUAUUAAAUUAGAACAUUCUUUUUGCUGAGGAAAUAAUACAAGGCUCAAUUUCUGUGAUAAAUAA